GUUGACGCCUCACAGAGGGAAAAUAAACACAACGAAGAAGAAAAUCACUUCCGUAUAGUCAGAGCUUUUCCAGCUGCCUGUACUUUGCCCUCUAUAGCUUUAGCCUUACAAUGACUAAAACAAAAGACAAGAAACGAGAAAAUGUCAGCAUUGCUUCGGAGAUUGACAGGCUGGAAGAAAGGCGGGAGCGUUGCCAUGACAACCUGGAUAGGGCGGAGUUUAAGAGCAGAAGGGCGAAGCUGUCCGAGGAGGAAAGACAGGAACUGGAAAACGAAAUGGCAAUCAUAAAUGAAAGAGUGCAAAAACUAGAUAAAGAGCUUGCAGUGUUGAGAGGGGAAAACCGAAGGAACAUGGUGUUGUCAGUGGCUCUGCUGACUAUCAGCGCUCUCUUCUAUUACAUGUUUUUCUACAAUGAGGAUGACACAUGAUGCCGCAGAAGACCUCAAAAGAAUCUGCUAUUCAUUACAGCCUUGCUACAGAAUGAUUGACUUCCUAACAAAAAGACUUAAACACACUAAAAGAAAAAAGCCAAAGGAUUAAAUGAAAUGUCUGUGUUUGGCCUCCAGGUGGCAUCAUCGCCAUGUAAGUGUCUCUCAUUGCCGAUUUGCCAAAGUUGCCAAAUCCACCAUCAUUUUUUAUUCCUUGAGAAUCCCAUGGACCAACAAAGAUCAUGAACGCUGUUGGUGAAAUUUCCCUGUGAAAUAAGUGAACAUGUUCUUCAGCUUGUUUCUAUCAUUGUUUAUAAAACACUUAUUACACA